AUGGAUGUUCUAACGAAAGGUGUUCAGAUGAUUCGUCGACGAUCUACAAUGCGACAUAAUCGCACAGCAAGUCAAGAAUCAAAUAGCUCAUCUUCAUCGUCACCCGGUAUUUCAAAAACACCUAGUAUAACGAGCAGCAUCACAAGUAAUGAUGGAAGUUGUUAUUCUAACAGCUGUAAUAACGUUGUUACUCCAUCGCAGACUCCCCAGAGAAAUUCUCUAUCCAACCUAUCACAACUUCCUGCUUCCAUCACCAUCACAUCGCCAAUGGAUUCACCACCAGCAUCACCUGUCAAUAAGACUCCUGACAACUUUAAAGAGGAACCAGUGAGUAGCGUACCUGAUUACUUGUCCACAUCGCCCACUCGAGCGUCACCGCUCUCACCGCUUCCUCGGCUAGCUGAACAACCAGCCCCACCCGCUUCCUCGCAGGCCGUUGAUAGCUAUUUUAGUCUUCCCAUCCAACCGGACGUGGGAAGCACCACCACCACGACAAACGAAGGCAUCCGAACCUCUUCCCUGCAACCUCCUCGCUCGCCGAUGCGAUCGCAUUUCUCGCCCCGGCCGAUCCAUGUGUCGAGCAAAUUCGGCACGCACGCUUCCCUACCUCCGCGGUGCAGCCGAGCCGCACACGGCACACGCCGCCGGCAACACCGCAAACUGACACUGGACGAUUUCAUUCUAAAACGCACGGUCGGCACAGGGUCGUUUGGUCGUGUGCAUUUAGCGCAAAGCAAAGUCAAUGGAAAACAUUACGCGAUUAAAGUCCUGGAUAAAUAUGAUGUGGUUCGUCUCAAACAAGUAGAACAUGUCAAUAAUGAGCCGACCAUUUUGAGAGAGAUAUCCCAUCCCUUCCUCAUCACUUUAUGGGAUGCUUUUCAAGACGAUACCCAUCUUUUUAUGGUGCUUGAUUAUAUUCCUGGAGGAGAACUCUUCCGUGUGUUACGAAAGCACAAGAAAUUUACUGAGGCAACAGCCAAGUUUUACGCUGCUGAGGUUUUGCUAGCACUUGCUUAUCUACAUGACAAUGGCAUUGUGUACAGAGAUUUGAAACCAGAAAAUAUCUUGAUUGAUGCUCGUGGCCAUGUCAAAUUGACUGACUUUGGAUUUGCUAAGCGUGUGGAUGAUGUAACAUGGACCGUGUGUGGUACUCCAGAUUAUUUGGCACCGGAAAUCAUUCUUUCCAAAGGCUAUACAAAAGCAGUGGAUUGGUGGGGUCUGGGUGUUCUCAUCUUUGAAAUGGUUGUUGGACGCGCUCCCUUUGUCGAGAAAAACCCAGUGGACCUUUAUCAAAAGAUUCUGGAAUGUCGAGUGGAUUGGCCUGACGAUAUGGGGCCGACUUUGAAGGAUCUGUUAUCGAAUUUACUGACCCAUGACGUUGAGGGGCGUUACACGAGCAAGGAAAUCAAGAAGCACCCUUGGUUUGCUGAUAUCAAUUUCGAGCAAGUGCUCAGACGCAAAAUGAAGCCUCCCUAUAUACCAAAAGUGAAGGAUGACGGUGAUACGACUUGUUUUGCAAAGUACAAAGAACCUGCGCAUGGUUAUGGUCGUAUUCGUGGAGACCCUUUCCGAUCAAAAUUCCCUGCAUUCUAA